CGCAGUGGUACAUUCCAAAUGACAGCUCGACCUGAGCUAGCCUUCAUGCCCGAGCAUCAGCAGUCAGUCACAUCCACGGAAAACGUGUUUUAACCAGGAGCCACGCGUUUUAUUUGUGCCGUUAUAGUCCGCUUAUAAAACUAUUAAUCAGCAACAUGUCGGCUCCUAAGAAGGGAGAUUUGUCUUCAAGCGAAAAGGAAUUGUUUGAGGUUAUCACUGCAGGAAACGUUCAAGAAGCCUCAAGACUGCUGGGCUGUAAGGAUGUUCGGGUCAACUGUUUGGAUGAGUACGGGAUGACCCCUCUCAUGCACGCUGCUUAUAAAGGAAAAGCAGACAUGUGCAAGCUGCUGUUGCAACACGGGGCGGACGUGAACUGCAACGAACACGAGCACGGAUACACAGCGCUGAUGUUCGCAGGCCUGUCAGGGAAGACUGACAUCACGUGGAUGAUGUUGGACGCCGGGGCGGAAACAGACGUGGUCAACUCUGUCGGAAGGACGGCCGCGCAAAUGGCUGCAUUCGUCGGGCAACACGACUGUGUCACCGUGAUCAACAACUUCUUCUCCCGCGCCAGACUGGACUACUACACCAAACCCCAGGGUCUGGAGAAGGAACCCAAGCUGCCGCCAAAACUGGCCGGACCCCUCCACAAGGUCAUCAUGAGCACCAACCUGAACCCUGUCAAGAUGGUGAUGCUGGUGAAGGAGAACCCCCUGCUGGCGGAGGCGGAGGCUCUGGAUAAAUGCCGCCGGGUGAUGGAGCUCAUCUGCGAGAAGUGCAUCAAGCAGCAGGACAUGAACGAGGUGCUGGCCAUGAAGAUGCACUACAUCAGCUGCGUGCUGGGGAAAUGCGCCUCCUUCCUCAAGGACCGCGAGGACAAGCUGGACGGCCUUAUCAAGAGUUUGCUGAAGGGUCGGGACAGCGACGGCUUCCCGGUGUACCAGGAGAAGUUUCUCAGAGAGUGCAUCCGCAAGUUCCCCUACUGUGACGCUACUCUGCUGCAGCAGCUGGUCCGCAGCAUCGCUCCCGUGGAGAUUGGUAACGACCCCACAGCUCUGUCAGUGCUGACUCAGGCCAUCACAGGUCAGGUCGGCUUCAUGGACGCGGAGUUCUGCACCUCGUGUGGAGAGAAAGGAGCCGAGAAGAGAUGCUCUAUAUGUAAAAUGGUGAUCUACUGUGACCAAGUCUGCCAGAAGAUGCACUGGUUCACCCACAAGAAAGUUUGCAAGAAGCUCCAAGAGCAGAGAGAGAAACAAGAGGCAGAAGCCGCCAAACUGAGGCUGCAGCAGAGCAAAGAGGAGAGUUCAGCAGCGCAGGAGGCCACAAACUCCAUGGAGAAGCUCUCAGUGGAGACCAACAGCGAAGCCGCCCCGUCAGACACUGCAGCGGAAACCCCAAACCCCGCCCCCAUCCCAGCCGCUGACAACUGAAGAACGUCAGCAGCCGCCUGUCCCAGAAUACAUCCAUGCACCCACAAACAGAGAGCGAACUGGCAGUGAGACUGAAAGCCAGACAAGGACUGGUCCAGCAGGAGAUAAGAACCCAUAUUUAUUAUUGACAUGAGAUUGCCGCCAAGGCAGAGGAGACACUACGAGGAAGGUUUGUGCCACAGCGGUCAUCUUUUUUGUCAUUUUUAUAUGUUAAUUUUUCAGAUGAUAUAAUGUCAUAUGUGUGUGUGAAAAUUAUAUAGGCUGGCGUGUUUGUGGUAGAGGUCACUGGGAGGAAUUUUAAGUGAAGAUGUGAAGAGCUAGAUGUUCACAUCAACCAUGAAACUGUAAUGUAAUUCUGCCUUAAGAAACUGUAGCAAACCUGUGUGCGAAGGAAGUGACUGUGUAGCCAAUCAGAGCAGUUCUUUGCAAAGAAUAUACUUGAUUUGUUAACGGGGACGUUCUUUUGUACUGACUGAACCUCAUUGUGGACGUUGAGUGGAUAGAGGGGCUGCACAAUAUUGACCAAAAAAUGUAUAUUUUAAAUAUUAUAACAAGACAUGACUUUAUUUGUAUUUUUCACCAUCUAAAAGGUAGUUUUAAAAACAUGUGUGGAUGGUGGAAGAUGAUGCUUAUGCUCAGGUUUUUUCAAAUUAUAACAAACUGAAAGUUUUCUCCCGAAGUGCAACAUCCGUUUUGUUGAUGAAGGAUUCUACACAGCACAAAAAAAACCCGCAUCAUCAGUACUGAUGUUCUUCAGUUUAUUGUGCAACAUGAACGGACAGAGAAGUCACACAUAAGGCUUUGUUUGUCCUGAACGCUGAUGGCUUCUACAGUGUCAAACAAAUUUAUCUUAAUCAUGUUAAAUAAAGACCAGCUUCAUCAAAUCAA